AUGUUUUUGCAUUAUGCUCUGUCUGUUUUUCGUAGCUACAGCAACAUCGUCAUUGAGAACACGUCCACGCUGGACUUGUCCCUCCGCCUGCGUGGUGGUGGUAAGGUCCACGGUUCGUUGGCACGUGCCGGUAAGGUGAAGGGUCAGACCCCCAAGGUUGCGAAGCAGGAGGAAUCGAAGAAGGCGCUAACGGGCCGCGCUAAGAAGCGCUGGCAGUACAACCGCCGCUUUGUGAAUGUCACGGCGGGCAUUGGUGGCAAGAAGUUGGGCCCCAACUCGAACGCGCCCAAGCAGUAA